ACUUUCAACCUCCAUCAGAAACUCAGCCUUCUCAGAAUGGACAAGAAUAUGGUGUAACAAGUUCUCAACCAACUGCAGUGUCUGCAUCUUCUACUCCAAGUAUGAACUCUUCACGGGAGGAUGAUGCAAACCCAUACAUUCCAAUCAGUGAAUGCAUUAGUGGAAAGCCAAUUUUGAAUGGCUCUCCAAAAUAUCCUGGAAUGACUUGUGAACCUUUUCCCGGGGACAUACCACCACCUCCUCCAAAAGUGGUAUCUCGUGAGCAGAGAAUGAUAUCAGGGGAAUUCUAUGAUAUCCCUAGAUCUCUGAACCCCCUCACAGAGAAGGUUGGUAAUAGAACUUCGCCAGACCCUACAUUUGAAGAAAUGUACAAAGUUCCUCCUUCAGCACGCAAGACAGAAGCUGUUGAACAGUACGAAGAUAUGUGGUCAACACCUCCUCAGGUGAAUUGGAGUACAUACCCCAGAGAAACUUCAGAUAACCCACCAGAAGGUGCUGUAGUUUCUCAAAACAACAGUGAGAUUUUUACAUAUGAUAAUAUACCUGUUGUGCAUAAUACAUCUGUUCAGGUUGAAUUAGUUAGAAGAGAAGCUCAAGAGCUAGCAGAGCAACUCAAACAGUUAGCUGUGGAUGAUCUAGCAUUUAAACAGUCGGCUAUGGAUGAUCCAGCAUUUCAGACUUCUUGCCAGCCAGACUUAUCAGAUCUUGCUGAAGCUACACCAAGCAAACCUCCCCCAAGACCCCCGAAACCUCCCAGCUUGAGGGAGAAACAAAGGUAUGAAAAUGUAGAGUUAACUCCAUUAUGUUCCAACCUCUAUGACGUACCUCCAUCUGCUGUAAAAGGGGUUAUUUCAAGCACAACUUACCCUUCUCAAGUGCCUGUACCACUAAAAUCAGAACAUCCUGUUAAUGAAGACAUUCCACCUUCUAUCAAAGUACCCCCUCCCUCCCAGAAUAUUACAAAAAACCAGGAAACUAUGAAUACAGAAACUCACUUAGAUGACAUGUAUGACUUUCCCAAGAUGCGCAGUGAAGACAGUUUAAAUGCUCCCGUGCCACCUCCACCAUUAAUAAACUCCAGUCUGCGCAGACCUCGUCGCCACGCUUACACAAAUGCUCCUCCAGGACUGUUUAAUGGAAAGGAGACUGUGUUUAACUAUGAAUACAGACCUAGUCUGGUACCUUGUGAUGGAUAUCUUAGUAUGGACACCAAAAAACCAGAACUGUACACUGAGAUGUCAAGAGAGUCCAGAUGUCCGGCUUCUCCCUCAUCACUUGGUAUGUAUGCUAACAUACCAACUAGUCCUACCAUUUCCCCUAGUGCCUCAUCUUUCACGCCCCCUAUUGUCAACAGAGACCUGAAGCCAAAAAGAAAAACAUCUGACACUGAUAACAGUGUAGGCUUGGGGAGUGGUCCUCCUUUGCUUCCAACUAUAUUUAAUGCUGUAUGUUCAGGUGUAGACAUGGGGAGUGGUCCUCCUUUGCUUCCAACUAUAUUUAAUGCUGUAUGUUCAGGUGUAGACUUGGGGAGUGGUCCAAGGGGAACUAAGCGUAGUUUUCGCAAACUAAGAGCUGCUCCGAGUCCAACCCCCUCUGGGGAAGUUCAUACUCCUCCUCCCCUUCCAAGCAGACUUAAGUGUCAGUCUGAGCACUCUACUUCUGACGAUGAUUUCUCGAGUUCAGGAGGGAGUCGUCGUAAUUCGGCCACAGAGGAGGAAAUACAGUUUAGAGAUUUUCCUGGAAAAACCAAGAAUGUUUCUAAGAUGAGUUAUUAA